UCUAACUUGGACCACAGCGGCCAGUAUUCUUUCCACUCACAUCAUUGCAAAUUGGUCAGCUGGAAUAGCUACGGAUGUGUCAGCUGUUGCAAUUACCAAUUACGUUACCAUCGUAUUUAACAAACAUCGCUCGAGAUAAAUGAUCUGCAGCUGCAGGAUAAUGGAAUCUUUUGAAAUACUGUGCGGUAUUGCUGCCGUACUUCUCGCUGUUUAUUAUUAUUUUACAUCGACCUUCGAUUUUUGGAAGUCACGUGGCAUUCGCGGUCCACAACCAAUACCGAUUUUUGGUAAUUUUAAAGAUGUUAUGCUUAAUAAAAAAGCCACAGGUGAUUAUUUAAUGGAAAUAUACAACAAGUACAAAGAUGAAUCCAUGAUUGGAAUAUUCGCUAGGAAGACACCUGUUCUUAUUGUAAAAAAUCCAGAAUUCAUUAAGGAUAUUCUUAUCAAAGAUUUUAUCAAGUUUGCCGACAGAGGAAUUCCUAUUAGUGAAAAAGUUGACCCACUGUCGCAACAUCUUUUCGCUUUGGAGUCUAAAAGAUGGCGACCUUUAAGAGUAAAGCUGUCGCCCGCUUUUACGUCCGGCAAAUUAAAGGAGAUGUUCUCUUUAAUAUCGGAAUGCGCUGAGCAUCUUGAACAAUACAUAGAAAAACUAGUUUUAUCCGAAGCCAGAUGUUUUCGAUCCAGAACAUUGCGCAGCCCGAAGGGCAUAUAUACGAACUCGUAUAGUCCGAAUGGUGUUGUGAUGGCUGUCUUGCAGAUGACUGAAAGCUUGAUAGCUUCUCAAGCAUUCGUAUUUUUCCUUGCCGGCUUUGAAACUUCAUCGACGACCAUGAGUAACACUCUUUACGAGUUGGCAUUAAAUCAGGAAAUACAAGACAAGCUACGUGAGGAAAUUGAUGAAGAGUACACUAAGCACGGUAGCAAUUUAACAUAUGAGAACGUAAAAAAGAUGAAUUACUUGGACAAAGUUUUCAAAGAAACUUUACGAAAAUAUCCGCCAGCGACAUUUCUUAUGAGACAAUCUACAUCAAGUUAUACUUUCGAUGGUAUCACAUUAAAUAUACCAAAAGACCAAAAGGUGUGGAUUCCGGUUUUCGCUAUUCAUCGAGAUCCAGAUAUUUAUCCGAAGCCAGAUGUUUUCGAUCCAGAAAGAUUUACUGACGAAGCAGUGCAAGCCAGGCACGCGAUGCAUUAUUUACCUUUUGGUGAUGGACCAAGGAAUUGCAUUGGUGCUCGCUUCGCUGUUUAUCAGACAAAGAUUGGUCUUAUAAGGAUACUACGAAAUUAUAAAGUCGAAACUUGCGAUAAAACGCAAAUACCCUAUGUAAUUGAUCCUAAAGCGUUUCUAUUAGCACCAAAGGGUGGAAUAUAUUUGAAAAUAAUUAAAAUUAAUCAGGCUUAGUUCAAGCUUUGGCAUUCCUUUUAAGAAGCAAAAGUAAAAAGAUGAAAAAAACAUCUGUAAAUUAGAAUAAUAAUAGUCACCACUGUACCGAUUCCAUUGUAUUGUAACAUUUUAUGACGAUAUGAAUUAAUUAAUAAUUCGUUUUAAUUAUUUUUAAUUUACGUUGUUGCAUGCGUGAUAUAUAUAUAAUAUAUAAUCUGUUUAAGUUUAAGUUUCAAUUAAUAAAAACGAUAUUAAGUAAG